AAUAAAUAAAUAGCAAAUUAAAUCGUACACAAUAAAUAAAAAUUAAAGCAUGGGCUUUUUCAAAGUUUAGUUGUGUGUGCGCUUAUUAAAAGAAUUAUUUUACGGCGCACAAGGACUGCACAAUGGAUACGAGCAAUUGCAAGCAGAUAAGCCUCAAUGAGCUGCCCGAUGAAAUCCUUGAAUUUAUAUUCACUUACCUACCACCCUAUGGCGAUCUGGAGCAUUGCAGUCUGGUGUGCAAGCGCUGGCAGCUCAUUGUGAAGAAUCUUGUGCGUCGCUCUCAAAUGAAUUUGGAAAAGGCCCUUAGCGACUUUCGCCUACGAUGGGAGGUUUAUUCACAGGAAACUGCGGCAGCCAUGGAGGCCAACUGUUCAAGUGUAUCAAAGCGCAUGCCCAUGCCCAUUAUUGCGGGACGCUUCGCACACUCGGCAGUGCGUCAAGGCAACUCCAUGUAUGUGUUUGGCGGCGGCUCUUCCUCGGAUACAACAUUUAAUGAUUUAUGGCGCUUUGACCUGACGCACAUGCGCUGGUCGCGUCCACUGGCCACAGGCACAUAUCCCUCACCCAAGGGCAGCGCCUCAAUGGUGGCAUGGCAGGAUAAACUGGUGUUAUUUGGCGGCUGGCGCUAUCCCUCGCUACAUCCGCCGUAUCAGCCUUGGUGCCUUUUUGAUGAGCUGCACUAUUACGAUCUAGCAAAGGAUCGCUGGCUAGCGCGCAACGCACUGCCCUGUCCACCGCCAAUGGCUGGGCACUCUGCCAGCGUCCAUGGUGAUCGCAUGAUUGUCUUCGGUGGCUAUCAAAUAAAAAACGAUGUCAAUGUUAACUCCAAUGAUACUUGGGUGCUGGAUCUCAAUGAACAGCGCUGGUGGCAGCCACUUUUUGUAGGCAAUACGCGUCCAGCGCCGCGCUAUGGCCAAAUACAAGUGGAGCUGGACAAGCAGCGUCUGCUUAUCGUCGGCGGCUGUGGCGGCGCCAAUCGUGUCUACACGGAUGCCUGGCUGUUGGACAUGUCACGUGAUGCUUGGUGCUGGCGACAGCUUAAUGUACGCAAUAAGAACUUUGGUGCCGUGCAUAUGUGGUGCAAUCCUGGAUGCAGAGUCAAGAACUACCUCGUUGUUGUGGGACCGUCACCAAAAAUGCCUCAGGAUUUCCAAAUCAUGACACAACGCCGUGUGCCCGCUUUUGGUGGCAGCUCACUGCGUUUUGCUGGCCUGGGCAUGGAACCGCCACCACCAGGGGCACAGUUGCAGCUGGGACAGCGUCCAGUGCAACUACCAGUGCGUCGGCCCGCAGUGCAGCAGCACGAGCAGCUACGCCUGCCAGCGGGUCAGGGUGCAGCAGCUGACGCCAUUGUGCCGCAAGAGCAAUAUUUGGCCAACAGACGUGCCAUACUCAACCAGCAUAUGCACAAUGCGGCACAGUUUAUGCACAACAAUAAUGUUAACAAUAAUAACAACCAUUUUCAACCUCGUUUUGGUCGUCUCAGCGAUUUGCAUGCGUCCCCAGCGGUCCCAGCUGCAGCGGCAGCGGCAGCAGCGCCACCAGCUCCAGAUGGUGAUGCAGAUGCAUUGCAGCGUUUGCAACGCAAUUUGGCAUUGCGUUGCCGCGAAAACGAGCCAUUGCUUCCGAAACGCUUUGACGAGCACUAUGAGGAUCCCUUUCGAAUGGCUGCGUUUAAUGUGCCAGGACGCUCGCGCAGCGCAUCACGUGAUCAUAACGAGCGCAUCAGACGCAUGGAGGAGAAAAUGAAUGCCAUACGCAACUCGCGACGCAGUGCACCUGCCCAAGUGGAGCCACAAAAGUUGCGCGCACCAUCACCCAAGCGUAUCAGAUGCAAUGUGCAGUCGUUGUUUGUCUGCGAUAUUUCAAGCCUGUUGCAGAGCACCAAUUGCAAUGAGCCAGGCCUGGAUUGGGUGGAAUAUAAAAACUUUGGCGUACUCAAUGGCGCACCCGAUAGGCUUAUACUCUCCAGCCUGAUAGCCGGCAACGGUGAGCUGAUCUUGUUCGGUGGCGUGCACAAGGAGACGCUGACGGACAUCACGCAUCAAGUGUCCAAUUCCAUACACUUUCUAAGUGUGCCACGUGAUAUUAUCUAAGCGCAUAAGCAAACAACAAACACAAACAUAUAGAAAUACAUACAAACCUAUACAUAUAGUCAUAUAUCGCUAAACCCAAAACAGUUCCAGCUAUGUUCGCCUUUUGCUGCUAAUUCGAAACUAUAAAUUAUUUGCUUGCGUUUAGAGUUUGACUUUCAAUUAAAGUGUAAAAUAUUGUAAUUU